AUGAUGCAUGUGCACUUGAUAAAUAUUAACUUGUCUGGUACUAAUAUUGGAGAGUUCAUGAUGUCAAGAUACCGAGAAGUUUCCAAAAUUGUUCUUAGAUAUCUAGAGCAUCAGGAUCGACUUGUUCGCUUGAGCAUAACUUCGUUGCUACCUCGGAUUGCACAUUUUCUACGUGAUAGUUUUGUUACCAACUAUUUAAUUAUAUGCAUGAAUCAUAUUCUUUCCGUCUUGAAAAUUCCUCAAGAUUGUGAUAGUGGGUUUAUUGCUCUCGGAGAGAUGGCUUUAGCACUGGAUGGGGAACUUAGCCAUUAUUUUCCGACCAUAUGUACUCAUUUACGCGAGGCAAUUGCUCCCUGUAGGAAUAAACGUUCACUUUAG